UUGUCACCCUUGACACAACAGCUCUUAAUCAGUGUUUCGAAGGUAACCUCAUUUGGCUUACAACCUUCCUCCAUCAUUUUGCCGAAAAGCUUGGCUGCCUCGGAAACUCUAUUCUCAAGGAGAAAGCCCUUCAUUAGAGUGGUGAAGCUAGUGGUAUCUGGUUCAAUACCAGACUUGAAGAGGUUUGCCAACACAGCCAAAUUGGAUCCCAUUUGGUUCAAAUGGCAAAAGCAAUUCCAGAUGGACCCAUCUGGUUAUACAAAGCAGUGGCUCCGGAAUAAUGUUUCAGUUUGGUUAAUUGGGUCAAUACUUGAUUGAAACGGAUUACAGAAGGAGGAGGACGCAUUCGAAGCAUAGAACUGAACAAACUCGAACCAUCCUCACAUUAGGGUGGUUGUCUCAUACUUGUUGGAUUUAAAGCUUGAGAAUGAAACGACACAAACAAAUUGUUGAAGAAAACAAUCCUAGAUCGAAGUCACGGCAUACCUCCUCUUCUACCUCCGUCUUUGCAAUAAGAAGAAGAAGAAGCUCCCCGCAUCAUCUCCAGCGCCUCCGAGUAUGUUUGAGGAAGACGAAGAAAGCUGCUGAAACCUCCAAAUUGGUGUCACUCGUAAAAGUAUUCAGGGAUUUUAGUUUUUACUGUAAUUCGAUCGCUAACCCCCGUUUGCUUAUCUGUUAAUCAUUUUCCUUGCAACCUCCUCUUAUCCAAGUAAAUAUCCCCAGUCAGUUCUCUUCAAUUUUUCAAAUACAAAUGGCUGCUACUUGUGCGUUAAUCAACACCUUCCAACCCUCUUCCCUCCCACAUCUCCCAGGACCCAAACGGGCAAUCACCAACCUGUCUCUCCUAACAACAACAACUCCAUCUCGUGUUGGGUGCUGCCGCCGUUCAAAGACAUCCCUCCUCCCUUGUGUCUCCUCCUCCCAAAGCUUCCCCGUCACCCUCAACGAUUACCAGUUUCUUGAUGGUUCUACUGAGGUGGAAUUGAGAUUACAGCUGGGGGGACGAAACAUCACAAACUCCAGAGACAUUUUUGUGGAUGCAAAUGGCUCAUCUUUAACAAUAAAAGUACGGCUCUCUGGGUCCUUUGUCACGCUUAUGGAAACUAAUCAACUGUUUGAUAAAAUAAAGCCUGCUGAAACAAUAUGGUAUAUAGAUGAAGAUCAGCUAGUAAUUAACUUGAAGAAGCAUGAUCCAGAUUUAAAAUGGCCUGACAUUGUUGAGUCGUGGGAGUCUUUGACUAUGGGAUCAAUGCAACUUUUGAAAGGAACAUCAAUUUACAUUGUUGGUGAUUCAACUGAAAUUAACCAGAAAGUGGCUCAAGAACUUGCAGUUGGUCUGGGAUAUACACCACUCACUACGAAGGAGUUGCUGGAAGUAGUUGCCAAGCAGAGUGUUGACUCAUGGCUGCUUGCUGAAGGUUCUGAAUCUGUAGUGGAAGCAGAAAGUGCUAUAUUACAAAGUUUAAGUAGUCAUGCUAGGGCAGUAAUUGCAACAUUAGGAGGCCAGCACGGAGCUGCUGGAAGAGCUCAGAAAUGGCGCCAUCUUUAUGCAGGAUUUACUAUCUGGCUGUCACAAACUGAUGCCACAGAUGAAGGUUCUGCAAAGGAAGAGGCCAGGAGUCAUAUCCAAGAUAGAGUAGCUUACUCGAAUGCAGACAUUGUUGUCAAGCUACAGGGUUGGGAUUCAGAUCAUGUUAAAACUGUAGCUCAGGCAUGCUUGAGUGCUCUUAAACAGUUAGUUCUGUCAGACAAGAAGCUUCCUGGUAAGAAGAGCCUCUACAUACGCUUGGGUUGCCGAGGUGACUGGCCAAACAUCAAGCCUCCUGGUUGGGAUCCCUCAGCUGGAGUUGAUGCAUCUCCAGGUAGUUCUCACUAGUAACAUUACUGCUCUUACAUGAGAGAUUUUGAUUAAAAUUCAUCAAUUAAAAUAUUUUUGAUGAGUUUAAUAGUUUUGUAGCUUAAAUGCGAGCAUAUAUUGUGAAUUACCAUUGCAACAUGUCGUAAGCAUAUUAU